AUGGCUUGGAACUAUCUAAACUAUGAUAUCACUCAUAUAGUGUUGGCUGCCCUCUACUUGGUGUUGGGGGGUGUUGCAGUAUAUGCCUGGUGGAAUAGACCAACAUCCAAUGUAUCACCAAUUCAAAAGGUGUUCUAUCCUCUAAUGCUAUUUGGUGUAUUAGUUCGCGCACUAUUUAUGAUGCUACAACCAUUUAUUCGAGAGAAUGAUAUACGUCUACCAAACCAGGCGAAUGUACUGCUAAACUCAUUGCCAUCAUUCAUAUUCUUUAGCAACUACUUGAUCGUGUUGUUCAUCUGGGCCGAGAUGUACUUGAUCUUUGACGGCAGCUCAAUGAAGGUCGUGCACAGACUGCCAUGGAUCUUCAACCUGAUGGCCGUGUCAAUGUACACCACGAUCACCAUCCUCUAUAUACUCGACUUCACAAUAUACCCAUUGUCCUACCAGCCCAUCUCAGCAUUCAACGACACGAUCGAAUAUAUCAUUGGCACAUUCGACGGAUGUUGUUUCAUAUUCUUGGCGCUGGCCUACUCUGUAGUGGGCACCAGUCUGAUCGUCAAGUUCCGCGAGCCACAUCCCAACUUCACCGAGGACAAGCGAAGAAUAGUAGUUAAGCGUGUUACCGUUGUCACUCUCCUUGUAUUCAUCUGUUUCCUAAUCCGUGCCGCCAUCACUCUUUUUGCAGUCAACAAGGAUAACCUAAUAUCAGGUACUUGGUGGUGGUUCGAUGGCGUCUACUUCUUCUCCUUUGAGAUCGUUCCAAUCACAAUCAUGCUUUAUGCACUCAGGAUGAACAAUGGCAACAGCAGUCAUUACACUUAUGCACACUCGACCAACAUCAAGAGACAGGAUAUGUUAAACAUCCGAUCGGCAUCAGGCUCACACAACGACUAUGCGCCAUUACUUGGACACCAUCCAUAG